ACCGUAUAUAGAAUGUAGGAAACAAAUGUGUAAGGAAGGAAAACACUGGAUAUGAACGAAGAUGUUAUUGAUGCGAGAAAUACAUGAAAAAAGGAAAGUAUUUCAAGACUAUCAAAAUAAAUAUGAAUCAGCAUUCUCACAUCCGGUAUAACGUGCAGACAUCAUUAUUAAAAAAAAUGUAUUCAAUAUGGCGUAGCCAAUCGAAUUUUAUUACUUCAAAUACGUAUUUAUAGACAAUGUAGUGUGAUUCAUACUGCAAUUAUGUUAAAUCGCUCGCGCGUAACCGCAUGACAAGUAUUUUUUAUUCGCAAAACAAGGAACAUUGAGCGUUUGACAGUAACCGAUCAGCUGAUUUGUAACUCGAAAAUAUUUUACUGAGAACCCGAAUCUUAUUUAUAUAAUUAUAAUGAGGAUUCGAAUUCUUGUAGCAUACGAAAGAGAUUAAAACAAGAUAAAGAAUAAAAUAACGCAUUAUACAAAAUAUUAAAUUAAUGAGAUAUACAUAGCUUUAAAUUUAAUUUUUUUUUUCAUAGUUAUAAUGCACGAAUAUUUGCACACGCACAAUAUGUCCGAUUCGAAAAUACCUAAAUCGAAAGUGUAAGACACAUUGAAUGAUGUCGCUUUUAUAUAUUCAGGAGGGAAAAGGAGAUAAAAAAGUUAAUUGAUAAAAAAUGCAGGAGAUGCACCUAAAAAUAAUGGCUCUUCUAAUAACGUUACAUGUGCAAUGUGCACUUCACAUACACUCCACUUCAGUUGCCAUUAAACCUAUUUAAAUGCGCUAUGUGUGGAGAGGUUAGGGACUGUUUACUUGUCAAAUUUGCAAUGUCGGGGGUAAACGUAGGCGAAACAUGAGAGAGAUUUGAGGAGACGUAACGAGACGUUCUCGCGGAAAUCAUGUUUUUCCCCGUAGGAUGGCCGCGGGUUCUGAAUUCUAACGAGCCAAGUGAAAUAAACGCCGUGGUGUGCAACAGAGACAAAAUUCUCUUUGCCGUUCUCACUACGGAUGCUCUUACCAUCUGGUACUGCAAGCCUUGUGUACCAAUUGUAUUUAGCAGACGAUCUGCAGUUUCCUUACGAAAGCACGGUGAGAAUGUUUUGUUACAAUGGAGACCAGACUCAAGUAUGCUGGUCAUUGCAACAUCAGACAGUUAUCUGUUAUUCUACCGGCUCUCGGACAGCAGUCCAGAGGGCCGGGGACUUUACGAACAACGAGAUUCACCAGUCACCAGCCUGAAACGAGAUAGCGCAGAAUUAUUUAUUAAAGAAGUCAUUCCCUCUCUUGUCUUGAGUUUUGAAAAGUCAGCUUGGAUUGAUGGCGGAAUCAGUUCAUUAGUUUGUAUACGAGAUGAGCUCAUGGUAGCGACCAAAACUAGCCAUGUGGUGCGUCACAAAUGGGAUGGUACCAUGAAUCGCGAUUAUUCUUUGGAUUUGAGACGUAUACCAUUCAGUAUUGAUCAACAAAUCUCUACUGUGGCUGUGCCACUCACAGAGAGCAAUAUCUAUGUCACUGAUAUUGAAUAUUCGCCUCUUGUUGGAGGCUUUGCCAUUGUGCUUAGUAAUGGUAAAGCUGCAUUUCUCACUGCUCAAUCUUUGAAGUUUGAUCCUAACCAAGUGCAAGGAAUCUGGGCUCGAGAUUUGGACGAUGCUACUUGUGCUGCUGUUAAUCAUAAAUAUCGGCUAAUUGCUAUUGGUAGGCAAAACUCUGAAGGCAUUGUUUAUUAUGUUGAUGAAACAACAGGAGGUUUAGAAAUGUCACACACUCUGAGCCUAUCUUCCAAAGAUUAUCCAGGUCGACCAGGUAGCGUCAAGUGUCUCAGAUGGACGCCCGACAGUUGCGCUAUUGCGCUAGCGUGGGAAGGCGGUGGCUUGGCACUCUGGAGUACCUUUGGUGCUCUGUUGCUUUGUAGUUUAAAGUGGGAUUAUGGCCUACGAGUGGAUCUGAUGCAUGAUAAUCCUCUGCAUAUCCAUACGAUGGAAUGGUCGGCAGAGGGUUAUCAGUUGUGGAUGUUACGAGAAUCUCCAGGACCUUCAGUUACCGAAGAAAACGGUAACGAAACGUCCAGUUUAAAUCGCUCUCUCAUCCAAUUGGAUUUCGCUAAAAGUCCUCUGACUAUUAACCCGUGCAUGGGCCACCACGGACAUCUGUACCUUCAAGGCGAGGACAGACUGUAUUUAAAUUUAGGCGCCGGAUUAUCCUCGACGGCUUCGGGUUUUCAUCUUGCCACUGAAAUGCCCAAUGAUAGUAUGCUUCAGACACUCGCCGGCUGCAAACAAUGGCUCGUUGUACCCAUUCCAACUGCAUAUAGUGGUUCUAAUUGGCCAAUUCGGUAUACUGCAAUAGACAGUGAAGGUUUGAGCCUUGCGGUGGCUGGUCGAACGGGAUUAGCGCAUUAUUCCCUACCCUCGAGAAAAUGGAAAUUGUUCGGCAACGAGAGCCAAGAGAGGGAUUUCAUAGUGACUGGUGGAUUGCUGUGGCAUAAAGGAUACCUCAUAGCUAGCAGUUAUUCCAUCUUGGAUGAUAAAGACGAGAUUAGAAUUUAUCCGCGCGAUACUCGACUUGAUAAUAAUUAUGUCAAAAACGUUAGGAUGCCCUCGCAGGUGUUACUAUUGAAUACAAUGAAAGACAGACUUUUAACAUUCUGUUCCAAUGCUCAGAUUAGCAUAUAUGAUAUGGAGUUGCAAAAUGGCGUCGAAGCUGGCAGUAUCGAACUAACGAGAAUACAGAUGGUGGAUAUCAGUGGAUUGUGUAUACAUCCUGCUUGCGUGGUCAGCGCCACGUUGACUACGAUUCGCGCAGAGACUGCUGGUAGUCAUCCUCAUCCCGAGAGCCUCCUGCUAAACGUCUCCGGACGUCUUUUUAUGGUUCAACGUGAACAUUGUACUGACAACUCGGACGUUCGAUUUACGUGCGGCGCUCCAACAGUAUUAGCGUCAUACGUCGAGAAUGUUUGGGUGCCUUUGCGUUCAAGGAGAGAUAAGCCGCAUUUAACCGAAGCUUUGUGGUUAUUUUGUGGGGCACACGGCAUGCGAGUUUGGUUGCCGCUGUUCCGUAAUCAUCAAGAGAAGGCACAUGCCUUUAUGAGCAAACGGAUAAUGCUGCCUUUUCACUUGCGUAUUUACCCACUAGCGAUACUUUUUGAGGAUGCGAUUUUACUUGGAGCCGAAAACGAUACUGUACUGUUUACAUCGGAUACUAACUCGCCUUUUUCACUGCCCUUCAAUUUAUUGGAACUUACGAGUCAAGUAUAUCUGCAUCAGAUUCUGCGUCAGUUGAUACAUCGAAACUUGGGCUAUCACGCGUGGGAGAUAGCACGUUCGUGUUCCGCGUUGCCGUAUUUCCCGCAUUCGUUAGAACUGUUGCUUCACGAGGUCCUCGAGGAGGAAGCGACGAGUAAAGAUCCUAUUCCGGAUGCUCAAUUGCCGUCCGUCGUAGAGUUUAUUCGCGAGUUUCCCGGCGUUUGGGCCAGAGCAGUCGUACAAUGCGCUCGCAAAACUGAAAUCGCGCUUUGGCCGUAUCUGUUUUCCGUCGCCGGCCCACCAAAGCAGCUAUUACAAGAUUGUCUGGAGCGUCAAGAGCUAGAUACUGCUGCUAGCUACUUGAUCAUUUUACAAAAUUUAGAACCAUCUUCCGUCAGCAGGCAGCACGCCACGUUAUUGUUAGAUGCCGCGUUAGAGCAAGGUAGAUGGGAAUUGUCGAGAGAUCUUGUGAGAUUCCUUAGAGCAAUCGAUCCGAAUGACGUAGAGUCUCCACGUACAUCGUGGGGUGGCAGUGCGAAACUGGUUGGUCCUCCCCAAACACCUCCUCUUUCUCCACACGAGGACGAUCUGUCCUUGGUCUUGGGUACUAUGCAAGUUUCGAGGAGCCGCAGUUACAGUACUACAGUUACGCCUAAAGUGCAAUCCGAGAAAGAUGUUGCACCAUCGUCUAUGCUUGAAAAAACUCGGAAUGUUGUUAUGAGACGAAAGAAAUCAGUUCCAACAGUGAAAAUUAGCGAAAAAACUGAGAACAAGGAAGGAUCGGCAGAGGAGUUCUUUAUUGACGUUAUUUUACAACGUCAUGCUCGGCGGCUGCUUUCAGCUCGCCGCUUGACUGAUUUAGGUAGAUUCGCGGCCCGUCUCGACUUCCAUCUAGUGACAUGGUUCGCUCGAGAGCGUGACAGAGCAGCGAGAAUCGACGAUUACGUAGGCACUUUAAAAGCGGUUCACGAAGAUUUUGCGUUUCCAUACCCAACACUUUCGUUGCCGACGUUGCAAAAAUUUCGAAGAUCUAGCCUCACCUCUCUACACUCUGUAAUCUCCGAUGACGAGACCUUGUCCCCGAACUUGGCCAUUGAUUUACCUGACAGUGGAUACACAAGUCUUCCAAGUGGUAGGCCACCGUAUACAACGCUGGUUUCGCCUGUCGCUAGCUUAGAGACGCAGUUUCCAACUGCGGAAGCUAAAUUAACGCCAAAUCUGAUAAAUGAUGCCAACAGCGUUCUUAGCGAUACUAGUACGAUAUGGAGAGAUGACGCAGAAUCUGUUGUUGCCUCUGUAUGUUGGGUUUCGCCGGAAUCAGUAGGAUCUACAGAACUCAAUACGAUUGCAUCAACUUCCGCGCCAAUUGGUCGGGCGGAAGUACAACUCAGGUAUUUAUUGCAACUGUUUCUCGAAGGCAGUUGUUUAGGAUGGGCUGCAGUAGUAGCUACCGUCCUUCGAGACGCGGCGGCUAUGGCUAGAACCGUCAGGACAGCGCAUGCACCAAUGCAAACUUUUGACUCUAUAAUUAAUCUAAGAGAUGGAUUGCUUACCUUGACCAAGUGGUCUCAGUCGGAAUGUCUAGGAUACCGUCCUUUUAUGUCCAAUGUCCAAAGCCAAAUAUCGCUAUUGAAUAGAUUGGUGAUAACUAAACAACAACAGGAACAAGAACAGAUACCGGAGAGUCCUUCGCCGAGCCCGGCUCCGUCCGCUAGUAGCAAUCAACGCGGUACUCUCUCCCGUUCGAGACACUCUUCAAUCAGUCAUGCUUCCAAUACAGCUCCCCUCGAAGAGGAGCGCUCGCACGAGUCAUCCUUGAUCAUCGAGGAUUCGGCAUUUCACGGAAAUUACAAUAAUAAUCUCAAUGUUACGGAGGACACCAAGUCACAAAGCACUUGUGCAAUCUCUUAAGGGUGCCUUACAAAGCACCGAAUGCUAUGGCUGUCCAUUUUGCUGUGGAUUUUACCAAAAGAGUUUUUUUUCCACUUAAGCAUAAAGAUCUUAUUCAAUUAUAUUUCUAAUGUAAGAAUAGCGUAUAUUACCUCACAUAAUUAUUUAAAAAAAAUUUAACAUUUGAUUAAGGCCUUGAUUGUCCUCGUGUCAAUUAAGGAUAACUUUUGUAAUGCGACAAUAUCAUCUAAAAUUGAGAUUAAUGUCCUUUGUCUAAAAGGUGUUUUUAAAAUGAUUCGAAAAAAUCAUGAAAAUUUGUAAAUAGGAUUUUGAAAUGUUUUCUACAUUGCAGAUUUUGAAUUGUACAGUUUGAAAAAAACAGUGUGACUUACGUGUAUUAUAUAUAUAUAUUUACGAUAUAAUUGUUGAAAUAUACAUAGUAUUGUGAAGAAUAAAACUUGGAUGCAAUAUGCAAAUCACAGCCGUUUUAAAACUAUUGUAAUGCUGUGCGCAAAAGCAGUAAUUUACGAGAUAUGUGUGUGGACAUUGGCUCAUUUAUUAAUUCAUUUAAUUGUGAGCAAUAGCAAAUAGCAAUAUGAAGCCAAAAGAAAUGAACAGCAGUUCAAAGGCAUUAAAUCAAAAUUGGCGCAUCAAGAGGUCUGAUAUUAUAAUAUGAUAAUUAUAUAAUACAUAAAGAGAGAGAGAGAGAGAGAGAGUGAUGAGAAUUAUUAUAUAAUAAGCUAUUUAUACGUAUUGUAACACAAGAAACAUACAUAUAUAUAUAUAGAUAAUCAUACAAAAAA